AUGGUAGAUCCUCAUAAUGUGUCACUGGUCAAUUUUACAGAUAUCGGAAACAAGACUUAUCAAGUGGAUAUCACGAAAGCUGUGGUUGUUGGCACCAUUCUUACUUUUGUGAUUUUGGUUAUCAUUGGGGGCAAUGUACUAGUUCUCAUAGCAGUUUACGCGAAUUCACACUUGAGGAGUACUACCAAUUAUUUCAUUGUUAACCUUGCUUGUGCCGAUUUGUUGCUGGGUAUUACUGUUUUGCCAUUUUCAGCUACCCAUGAAAUAAUAGGUUACUGGCCUUUUGGUCAAGUGUUCUGUGAAAUAUGGGCAGCCAUCGACGUGUUGUGGUGUACUGGGUCUAUAAUUACAUUGACCGCAAUAAGUGUCGACCGGUACAUUGGAGUGACUAGACCUUUACAGCAUUCAACAAUUAUGUCAGAAAAAAAGGCAUGCUACGUCAUUAUUUUUGCAUGGAUAGUUUCUGCUGCCAUUUCUGUAGUACCUUUUAUCGGCUGGAAAGAACCUCAAUCCCCUGACCCUACGCAAUGCACUGUUAAUGCUGAAUUAGGUUACGUUAUUGUAUCAGCAUCAAUUUCGUUUUACAUCCCCAUGUCCGUUAUCAUAUUUGUUUAUAUCAGAAUCUACAAGGAAGCUGUCAAACAUUCAGCAUGUUUACAAACAGGAAUUAAACUGUCUAAACUUGAAUCGGAAGGAGUGACUUUACGAGUACACACAGGAAGAGCCAAUAGUCAAAAUGGUACACCAUGUACAUACCAAAGCAGUAGUUCUUCAGAACAUUCGGAUACCUCUUCCCGGAGGGUGGUUGCCAAGUUUACCAUUGCUGGCAAACUUGCCAAAUUCAAACGGGAGAAAAAAGCGGCCCAGACGCUAGGUAUAGUUGUGGGUGUGUUCCUUCUGUGCUGGUUUCCAUUCUUCUUCUGUUUACCUCUCAGUGCCUUAUGCGGAGAAUAUUGCCAUAUCCCCACUUUGUUCUUCAAGAUUAUCUUCUGGCUCGGAUACUGUAAUUCUAUGAUAAACCCUAUCAUUUACGCUUGUUCGAGUCGUGAGUUCCAGAGAGCAUUUCGUCGGAUCUUGAGAUGCAGAGUUCAUAGAAACCCAAGGUUGUUUUACAAAUCUAAGUCUAGGAGUACAUCGAUAUCUGAUUUGAACUCAUCCCACCAACUGUCAGUGAAAAAAUCACCAAAUAUUUUGUUUAGGUCUGAGUUUUCUCGGCAUUCAAUGAGGCCAAUUUUCCAUCCAAGCGUGGUGGUGGAUAAUGGACGACGAAAUGAUUCACAUCUUUACUCUAAAGAAUUAUAUUCGGCGGAAUCAGAAAACGGUAAAUUAUCACCCUGCAUGAAGCAUUUGAAAAUCUGUGAGAGUUGUGAUAGUGAAAACCUCUCUCUCAGUGACGACCAAAUGGAGGCUUUAAAGGAGGAAUGUCUGCAACAUUUACGGUGA